AUGGCAUUUUUAAAAAUUCCAGUUAUCAAGCAAACGACCCUAGACUGCUCGGGUCUGCCGCUGUAUGACUCCAGGUGUUUUACCAACAAGGAGAUAAUUGGUAAUGGGGCGUACGGUGCGGUUUUUACCGCUGACGUCCCAUUCGCGAGUAAGAAUGGAGAAGCAAAUGCAGCUGUCGAAAAGGUAGUCGUGAAGAAAAUGCUAAGCGAUGACGUUUUGGACAAGAAGACCUUUAUAAAGGAAGCAAGAAUACUACAAAGGCUACAGCACCCAAACAUCGUAGACUUCAAGGGUAUCUGCAAUAAUCCAUUUGCCCUUGUGCUAGAGUACGUC